GGUGGCAGCAGCGAGUUGGCGCGGUGUGAGCGCGACUGGCGGGAUGGUGCUGAAUCGGGUGCGGGCGGUUUUCUUCGAUCUGGACAACACGCUCAUCGACACGGCCGGGGCGAGUAGAAAAGGCAUGUUGGAGGUGAUAAAGCUCUUACAAUCAAAAUACCAUUACAAAGAAGAGGCUGAAACCAUUUGUGACAAAGUUCAAGUUAAACUCAGCAAGGAAUGUUUUCAUCCUUCUAGUACAUGUAUUACUGACGUAAGGACUUUACACUGGGAAGAAGCAAUCCAGGAGACGAAGGGUGGUGCAGCCAAUAGGGAAUUGGCUGAAGAAUGUUAUUUCCUGUGGAAAUCUACACGUUUACAGCAUAUGAUACUAGCAGAAGAUGUCAAAGCCAUGCUCACUGAACUUCGGAAGGAGGUCCGCCUACUUUUAUUAACAAAUGGAGACCGACAGACCCAGAGGGAGAAGAUCGAGGCUUGUGCCUGCCAGUCCUAUUUUGACGCUAUCAUUGUAGGCGGAGAGCAGAAAGAAGAGAAACCAGCACCUUCCAUAUUUUAUCACGGCUGUGAUCUCCUCGGAGUACAGCCUGGGGACUGUGUGAUGGUUGGUGACACACUAGAAACAGAUAUACAAGGAGGCCUCAAUGCAGGGCUGAAAGCAACAGUCUGGAUAAAUAAAAAUGGAAUAAUGCCACUGAAGUCAUCCCCCAUGCCACAUUAUAUAGUUUCUUCUGUGCUAGAGUUACCUGCUCUCUUACAGAGUAUAGAUUGUACAGUCAGUAUGUCAGCUUAAGGCACAGAAAAGGGCAUGAUUAUGUAUUUUUAGGGUCAAAUUACAGGUUUUGAACUAAGAAAAGUUAAGGCAUUCCAUAUACUAAGACCCAGUUCUGAGAAUAAUUUUACUUACAAUUUAAUAGCCAAUCAACCACUGACUGGUAUUUAUAUCUGGAAAUCCAGAGUACAUUAAUUAAUAGAAGUUACUUUUAGUAGUAUAAUCCAGAAAAUUUGAGGAAAUAUAUUAUUUGUUAAUCUGUGACUUGAGGUUUUUAAAAAAUUAUUAAUCUUUUAGCAUCUUGGAUCCAUGAAGAUACCAGGCAAGAUAGCUUAUACAUGGAGGCACAAAUACAGGUUUUAUGUUCUGUCUUAAAAAUAGAUAUUUUUUUAAAAUAUUCUAAAACAGAUAUAUAAUAGAGAUUUAUCAGAACAAUUGGAUCUGAUUAAUAGGAAAUAAGUGCUAAGUCACAUGCCAAUCAAGGCAUUCCAUAGUGAAAUUAUAUUGCAUAUUUUCUUUUUUAAAAGAUAUAUACCAUAUUUUUGCCUACUUUGAA